UAUUGAAGAUACAAUAUCAUUAUAUGCACUUAAAUAAAGUAUAUUUUCUUUAAAGCGCUGUACAAAACUUCAAACGUCAUAUCAUGUUGGCCAUCAUCAACUUUGGUGAAAAGUUAGAACGAUCUGAUCGAGCUUAAUGAUUGUGAUUUAAAGAAACGUUCUUUUCAGCAAAUAAAAAGCGCUGUACAAAACUUCAAACGUCAUAUCAUGUUGGCCAUCAUCAACUUUGGUGAAAAGUUGGAACGAUCUGAUCGAGCUAAAUCAUUGUAAUUUAAAGAAACAUUCUUUUCAGUAAAUAAAAAGCGCUGUACAAAACUUCAAACGUCAUAUCAUGUUGGCCAUCAUCAACUUUGGUGAAAAGUUGGAACGAUCCGAUUGAGCUUAAUGAUUGUGAUUUAAAGAAACGCUCUUUUCAGCAAAUAAAAAGGUAUGAGCAACGCUGUACAAAACUUCAAACGUCAUAUCAUGUUGGCCAUCAUCAACUUUGGUGAAAAGUUGGAACGAUUUGAUCGAGCUAAAUGAUUGUGAUUUAAAGAAACGUUCUUUUCAGCAAAUAAAAAGAGCGCUUCCUUCAGUUUGAGGGAAAAAGGAGAGUUGGCGGUACCUAAGAUGCGAAAACAUGAAUGUGUCACAUUUUUAAAGCUUCUUAGCUAAGAAUAUCGACUUUUGUGUAGCGUCAAUUGUGUUUCACAUGCUGUUCACGUGUACUGCAUACUUGAAACAUUGUUUAUAUGGAUAACAACAUAACAUAAAACCAACCAACUGCGAAAUCAUAUGACGUGUAAGAAACUCAUCUGAUAUGUAGACAAACCUAUCUACAGGAUUUUGUAGAUCAGAUCACAUUAACUUUUAACAAAUAUGUCUUCGUUUAUCUCUGCCAUAUUAAAAUUAACUGUUGGUGUGAUAUGUAACAAAAUACGAGAUAAAACAGCAGAAAAUCUUAAAGACGGUGAUGUUACGGAUGCGAAGCUUCGAGAAUUUGUUGUGGGAAAAUUGAAUGAUAUUAAAACGAAACUCGAAGCACUGUCACGAAAGAAUCUUCUCAGCAGUUAUGAUUUCUUAGACCAAGGAAUUCGCCUUUUACUUGAUUGCAUCGAGAACUCUCAACAACUAAAAGAAGGAGAACAGGAAAAAUUGAGAAAUUUAACUCAAGGAAAUCAAGUUGAUUCAUCGUUGAUUUCAAGCAACCAAAGCAGUGAAAGAUCUAAAGACUUUGAUCAAGAACACAAACUUGAUGAAGCUUUUAAGACAUUAAGUAUUGAAAGUCCUGGUCAAUUGAAAACUGCUGUCGAGAAAUUUAAAAAGGCUGGCGAACGAGCAACUGACGCAUUCAAUAACGAAAGUUUGUCAAUUGAAGAUAGAAUCUUUGCAUCGAAAAUUCGAGUGGUUUCAACAAUUUUGGAAUGCAUGGAAUGUCCAGAAACGGCCAUUACAUUGUGUUUGUCAUUUUUGGAGAAACUUCAUUCAUUACCUGCUAUUUGUGAGAUAUUUGAUGUUUACAUCAAUGGUGGGGUGAAGUCGUUGUUGAAUAAAAAAGAUCGUGUAGAGAAUGUACGAUCAGUGAUGUUUAUUAACCGCUUAUUGUAUCAGUUUAUUAUGAAGUUUGGGAAAACCUAUCAUAUGGCUUUAUAUUGGCCGACCAUUCAACUAAAAGACAAACAAUUUAAUCCAAUAUUGAAUUGGCGUGAAAUCUCGGAGAGAAAUUCUUGGGACAGUGAGGUCCAAGGUGCAAAUCAAUUGGAAUUCAAAAGGGGUUUCGAUAUACGAAAUCUUCAUUGCAACAGUAGCAAUGACUUAAUUUAUUGUGAACCAGAGAGAAAUUUAAUCAAGAUUAUGAGAAAAGGUGCUGAUGAUGAAAUCGCCUAUGAAUUUCCUGAAGGUGACGUCAUAAAGGCUAGUUUUAUGGAUAAAAAUGAUGAUAUGUACAUCAUUGUCCAACGAGAAACGUCCUCUGACUUUCAUAUAGUGGUGUUCGCUUCUCAUUUUCUUGUUAAAAGUGAAAUAUCCUUGGAUCUUACUUACAAAGACUCUGGGAACUUUCCUUUAUUCGUGUCAGAAGAAAACAUCGUGGAUCUUGAAGUCAAUAUCUUUUCGAGACUUUGUUUAUUCGUGUCAGCAGAAAACAUCGUGGUUUUUGAUGCAUAUGGUUGCUGUGUGUUUGUUUAUGACUUACAAGGAAAAUUGAUAAAGCAGUUUACAGUUGAGCAAAUAGAAUAUCCUAGGCAACGGAUAGUCGUUACCAAUGAGAACGAAAUCGUUUUAUGUGGCCGUGCCUCUCUGUACAUUUAUUCAAUGGAUGGUUAUUUCAAGUCGAAAGUGAAUUUGUAUUUAAGUAUGGUAGAUUUUUUCUAUUACUUUGGUCUGAAGAAAUUUGUCAUAAUUGAAGGGCGGGAACGUUAUAAUUACCGUUUUCACAGUUGUGAUCUUUCAGGAAAACUUGAAACAUUGACUGAUCUUAAAGACAUUGAUAUUGAAGGGUUCUUAUCCUCAAAUCCAGUUCCUGUUGUCUAUUGUUACUCAGCUCGUAAAUACUCAGCUCGUAUAUUAUCACGUUACCUUAUGUGGUGUUAAAACCACUUGAAACUACUAAACCAUUUUCAAUGUAUGUAAUCAAUCGUUAUUUACUGUAAUCUCCCUCCUCCCGUUUUUGUAGAGCAGUGUUUGUAAAAACACUCUAUUUAUAUUACAUUUUUUAUUUUAUAACAAUUGUCGUACUUUACGUAAGAUUUCAUAUUGAAAUGUUAUUUUCUCGUAAUAUUUACUAAUAAAUCUUCAAUAUCUUUAUGUAAAAAGAAAAAACUCAAAAAAGUAGCUACAAUAAAAGAUGAGCGAUUAUAGACUACAUCGUGGAAAAUUAAGUUAUCGCUAAGUUAAGCAAUGAUUUUUAUCUUUAAUUGAAUUAUACAUUGUAAUUUACAAAAUGCUGUACGCACUUAGUUAAAUGUAUGAUAAAAAGAUUUAUGCUGCAUUUUU